AAGAGAGGAGGAGGCGAGGAGGCGGCGGCUCACUGCUGGGCUGAACCGGAUGCGGCUUCUUGCCCCUCCCCUCCCUUCUCCCCCCUCCCAGGUUCGCCCUGCCGCCAUGUUGUUGGCACCGCUGCCGCGGGCUGAAAAUGAGCCUGGUGUCGGCAGAAGGAGAUGGCCCGGGAGCGCUGGCGCCAGUUAAUGGGGAGGUGCUGAGAGUCGCUGAGGGCGCGCCGCCGCCUCUGCCGCCUGCUCGCCCACCCGUGCGUCCGUCCACCCGCCCACCUAUCUCGGCCACUCUCCCCCGUCCCCGACACACACUCACAGGCCGGACGUUGAUGGUAAUGUAUGCGAGGAAACAGCAGAGACUCAGUGAUGCCUGUCACGACUGGAGGGGGGACUCGCAGCCUUUCCAGGGGUGAUGUUUUACAGGCACUUAAGUAUUCAUCGAAAAGUCACCCCAGUAGUGGUGAUCACAGACAUGAAAAGAUGCGAGACGCCACAGACCCUUCACCACCAAACAAGAUGCCGCGGAGGUCUGACAGUCCUGAAAACAAAUACAGUGACAGCACAGGACACAGCAAGGCCAAAAACGUACAUACUCACAGAGUUAGAGAGAGGGAAGGUGGGACCAGUUACUCUCCACAAGAAAAUUCACACAACCACAGUGCUCUUCAUAGUUCAAAUUCACAUUCUUCUAAUCCAAGCAAUAAUCCAAGCAAAACUUCAGAUGCACCUUAUGAUUCUGCUGAUGACUGGUCUGAGCAUAUUAGCUCUUCUGGGAAAAAAUACUACUACAACUGUCAAACAGAAGUUUCACAAUGGGAAAAACCAAAAGAGUGGCUUGAAAGAGAACAGAGACAAAAAGAAGCAAACAAGAUGGCAGUUAAUAGCUUCCCGAAAGAUAGAGAUUACAGAAGAGAGGUGAUACAGGCAACAGCCACUAGUGGGUUUGCCAGUGGAAAAUCUGCACCAGGAGAUAAGGCAGUAUCACAUUCUUGCACAACUCCUUCCACGUCUUCUGCCUCUGGACUGAAUCCCACGUCUGCACCUCCGACAUCCGCUUCAGCAGUCCCCGUUUCUCCUGUUCUGCAGUCAUCAGUACCUCCAUUACUUCAGGACCCAAAUCUUCUUAGACAGUUGCUUCCUGCUUUGCAAGCUACACUGCAGCUUAAUAAUUCUAAUGUGGACAUUUCCAAAAUAAAUGAAGCCCAGCCAUCUAAUCAGUCUCCAAUGUCUUUAACGUCUGAUGCGUCAUCCCCAAGAUCAUAUGUGUCUCCAAGAAUAAGCACACCUCAGACUAACACAAUCCCUAUCAAACCUUUGAUUAGUACUCCUCCUGUUUCAUCACAGCCAAAGGUUUUGCUGUUUCAGGUUAGUACUCCAGUAGAUAAGCAAGGACCAGUGCCCCAGUCAGCCCCACAGCAGCCUGUGACUGCUGACAAGCAGCAAGCUCAUGAACCCAUCUCUCCUCGAAGUCUUCAGUGCUCAAGGCAGAGUUACAGAGAGGCUGAAGCAGAGAAAGAGAGAAGUCUUCCAUCUGCUGGUUCACUCUCCAAAUGGCCACAACAGCUGGAACUGCAUCUAUCUGGAGCCAGGAGCUUCCCUCAGGUCUCUCAGGUUGGUGUAGGGACCCAAGGACUUGGACCAUCCUCUUCUGCUUUCCCAGGCCAUAGCAGAGAGCUGGAUCGAAGUGAAGCAACCAAGACUCAAACCAGCACCUAUAUGGGAUGCUGGCACUGCAGGUGGUGGCCCUACCAACUAUGCCACAUCGCUGGCCCCAGAAUUUCCAAUUUAACAUUUUUUCCUACUUGCAUUUCCAUUGAAGAAGGGGUUGUUGAUGAGAUGUUAGGAAUCUAUUAUUAAAUGAAGGCAUGAGGAAUCUAUUACAGCCCUCCUGCAUUACUCCUUCUUUCCAGCUUAUGCAGACUGAAUUUACAAAUGGUUUUGGUGCUUCUAUCACACAGUAAAUGAUUUUUCCAAUGUAAGCCAUAUUUAUUCCUAUUUUGCUCAAUGUUAGCAUUAAGGCUUAAUGAUAAUGCUAACUAAAAUUUUUGAAAAAUUUAGUUAAAAUUACAUUUGCAUAUGAAAAUGGAGACAAACUUACCUAAUUUAUUCUAUUUCUAAAUAUACGUAAAAUUUUCUUUUGAGGAAACAGGAUGGCAGUCAGGUUAGAGAGGGCUAGUUCUUGAAAAGGAAGUUGUCAUAUGUAAUCAUUUAGGAGCGGCCAUCUGGUGGUAUUGAUGCUCUUCACUCUUCACAAUUAUUUAUAUGUUCUGGGUGGCAUUUCAUUGCUUGGUGUCUUUUGUGGAUAUAUCAUACUGUGUACAUCCAGUUCCUGAAUCACAGUAAUAGGCCGAUUCCAUAUUUCAGCUGUUGUGAGUAGCACUGCCAUAAACAUGGAAUGGAGAUAUCCUUUUGACGCACUGAAGUCUUAUCUUUUGCACGUAUGCCCAGUAAUGCAAUUGCGGGAUUUUGCUCAGUUCCGUUUUGUUAGAGAGACUCCCAUACUAUUUUCCAUAAUGGUUGUGCUAAUUUGCCUUCCCACAAAACACUAAAAAUUUCACCUGUCUUGAAAUCCAUGCCACCCUUUUUUAUUUUUUGUUUUCUUCAUGAUAGUUAUUCUACCUGGAGUGAGAUGAUAAUCUUAUUCCGGUUUUCUGUUGAUUAAUGAUGUGGAGAAUUUUUCAUGUAACUAUUGGACAUGUGCAUGUCUUGUUUUGAUAUGAGUAUGUUAAGUUCUUCAGCCUAGUUUAAAAAUUGGUGGUUUUUUUUGGGUUUGUUUGUUGUUGUUGUUGUUGUUUGGGUUUUUUUUUUAGCCCUGGGUUUUUUGAGAUAAUUGUAUAGUCUGGAUAUUAACUGCUUGUAGAAAACCAGAGGAGAAGUACUGUGUGACAUUGUAUUGGGGACAGGUUUUGUUACUUACUUUUUGACAUAGAAGCACAGGCUAGACUGGCCUGGGUAGGUGGCUCGGGGCUGCUCCCACACCAGGAAUCUGAAGCAGUUUCAGUGGCCGCAUGGGGGAAGAGGCCCGGGCCCUGCUGCCCACGUGUGACUCUUGGGGGCUCGGCUGCGAUGCCACUUUGUCCUGGGAAGCCCUGCUACAUGCCGCUGCACUCUGGGAGCUGGGAGCCCAGCAAUGCCCUGCAGGUCUAAGGAGCCUGCCCUGGUCCCUGCACUGGCUGCAACCACCGGAGAAUGAAACACCCCCAGAUAAUAGCACCCGUGGGCUCAGACAAGGUGCUCAGUGACCUCCUGGAGUUCAGCAUGAUGUUCCUGCUGCCCAUGGCCAGUGGAAAGGGCUGGCCUGUCUCCUUGGCCAGCGCACAGUUCAGAGGAACAGGUCCGGAGAACUGGCCAGGCUCAGGCUCCUGGGAUGCUGGCGACCAGAACACCUCCUCCUUUGACCCCGACAAGAGCUACAGUGAAGGACCCACUUCAGUGAGUCCCACAGCAGCCUUUCUUGGUUCACAUUCCUGGGACCUGGACCUGGACUUGGAGGCAAGGGAGGCCAGUGGGCUGGUACCCCACCUUCUGGAGAGACACGGCUUUUGGUGGCUUGACUCAGGUCAGGUUCCUGACUGGCGAGAAGGCCCUCCGCAGCCCCGGGCCAUUGUCCUUCCUUCUCAGAUAUCAAGGGUAGCGCCCAGUACAAUGCCUCCUAACCUGGCAACCCUUGGGGCAGAGCCUCAGGUGGCCACUGGGCCCACCGACCAAGAAUGUCCAGAAGAUUCUCUUUCUUCUUCCUUUCUCAUUGUACCCUCCCACCUCCACCUCAGCUUAAGCGAUGACUAAGGCAGGGAUGCCUGUGUCUACCCAUCUGCCAAGACUCCCUGUAGCACCUGCUCUGCAGCCUUCUACUGGCCAGCCUGCACCCUUCCUUGGAGCUCCAGAGCCCCUCAAACAAGGAUGGUUUCAGGCCCAUGCUGGGCGGGAGCUCAUCCGCCUGCCCCUCUGGAUGGGCAGUGGUGAUGGGUUUUGAGGCCACAGUGCAUUUGGUAGCAUGUACUAGGAGCAUAUGGACUACUAGCCACAUGGAGCCAAGGUCACCAGUGGCCUCCCAGCCAUGUCCACCUUCUCAGCGCCCCCAUAGCUGUGUAUGGUGGCAUCUCCAACAACACACCACCCCUCCCAUCAGCGGGGCAGACAGCCUCGUCGACUCCCAAGAGACCAUGACCACCAGCAGUAACAUACGUAUAAAAUAAUGAAGAUUUGAUCUAUGGUAGCAACUCUACAAUCGUAUAUGUGGGCCUGACCUCUUUGAUUUAAGCAGCUGCUUCAUAGAGAUGCAAGCACCUUCAUUGAAGCAUUGAAGUUAAAAGUCAUCUAAAGAAGUAAACAGGUCAGGGCAUGCUUAACAAAAAGACAACAGGCAGAUACAAAAGCUAUCCAGCAUCUUUGGGCACCCAUUGAGAUCAUAAGGAACCAGAAGCAAAUUGUCAGCAUUGACCGUAUUACAAGUUGCUAUUCCAGUUUACUCCCCAAAUGCUGGCAACGCGUGGGCGUUGUGGGAGAGUGGGGACGCUCAGUUUGUCUGCGGGCAGCAGAGAAGGAUACACUGGCGGUAGCCGCGACUUUGGGUAAGUGUCUGGCCGUCAGUGAAGAAAUGCAGGUAUGUACCAUCGGUGACCUUGGGGCUCCCCGGUCCCCCACUCCCCUUGGUGAGAGACACUUCCACUUCCCUGUCUGCUUGACCCCCAGCUCAGCUGUCCCUCCCCUUCCCUGCGGCCAGGUACACUCACCGUUUGUUGACACCCCGUAAGGAGUAAGGAGAGUGGAGUCUGCCCAGCAGUCCCAAGUACACGGCCCGGCGCUCAGUGAUCCAGCGGCAAAGCACUGGCCCGCUAAGAAAGUUAGAGAAAACCUGGGCUGGCCGCGGCCUCGUCGGCGUGGGAGUGGCAUCCCAUGCAGCCUAGGCUUUUGCAUUGGUGCCUGUGGGGUGCCUGUGUGCAUGAGGCCUUGGCGUUGGUAGUAUCCGCAGAACCGGCGGGGAAGCACAGUUCAGUGGCCAGCCACGGAGAGAAGGAUGCGGUGGCGACAACUUGGGCAGUGUUGGGCGGUUGGCCAGGAAGAGCAGGUGUGUACCACCAGUGGCGGUGGUGCAUGUUGGCCAGCAAUGGCUAAGCAGGCAGUGGUGGCAGCCGUGAAGCAUCAGGGGCGGGGAAGCAGAAGACUUCGGUGGUGGCUGCCUAUCUGGCAGCAGUGGGGAACCAAGGGGCGGCAGUGGCCGCAGGUCUGUGUCCUCCAGCAGGGGCUUCAGUGUUGGUAGCAGAGGCCUUGGAGGCAUCAGCGUCAGCCUUGGAUGGGGAGUCAUGUGCAGGGAAUCACAGUUCCGCGGCGGGCAGUGGAGAGGAAGGACGGAGCAGCAGUGGCGACUCCAUAGCCUGUGGCCAUCUGCGAGGCAGCACAGGUCUGCAUCUGCAACCCAUAGCACAGUGGCAGUGAGGUUGGCAGUGGGGAAGCAUCCGGCGUCCUGGGUGGGGAAGCCUGGCUCAGUGUUCCUGUCGGUGAGGAUUGCGGCAUUCUGGGAGAGCAGGGGAGCAGAAGUCUUCAGCGGCGGGAACCAGGCCGUGGCGGCAGCUUUGCUCAGUUCCGUGUUGGCCGCAGCGGUGGCAGCUUCAGCGUCUGUGUGGGUAGCGGUGUGGGUGUGGGCAUCAGCGUCCUGUGGGGUGUCAUGGGCAGGGAAGCACAGUUCGGCGGUGGGCAGCGGAGAAGAAGGAUGAGGCAGCAGUGACUCCGCGAAGCAUGGGGUGGUCAGCGACAGGGACACAUUGAGCAGCCAGGGUUAAGUAGGUGGUGGCAGUGACCCGUGGGACGGUUUUGGUUGUUGGUGGGGAAGCAUGGCUCUAAGUCUGCCUUGCUGAAGUGUGGGGCUUCCUAGGCAGGGAGGUGUAAGUCUAUGGUGGCGGCAGCAACACAGAGGGCAGCUAGGGAGCACCAGGUGGCGGGGGAGCUGGUGAGAAGAGAGGCAGCGGCGCUGAACUGUAGUUCCUCAUGGGCGGCGGCAGCAGCGGUGCCUUGGAAGUGUGAGGCGGUGUAGGCUGGGAAAGGUGAGUCUGCGUUGGUGGAGCAUGGGGCAUCGUGGGCAGGGACAUGCAGUUUGGAGGUGGCAUUGACUGUGGCAGUGUGUUGGGUAGUGCAGAGAAGCAGGCAGCAGCAGAGAGGAAGUGGCGAAGAAGCCUCAGACCAUGGGCGGGGAAGUGUGGGGGACCUUGGAGCCAGUGGGCCUCUCAGGUUUUCAUGGCCUGCACACAGAGAUGCUCCCCAUACCCCUGCCUUUGCAUCAUGGCAUCCAGAGGAAAGGGAGGGUGAGGAGUCAAUAUUCUUUGGGUGCUAGUUAUCCACGGCCAUUGCCUGGCAGUCAGCUUUUCACCUGGGGACAGGCUGCCUGCUAGCAGUGAGUUCCCUGCAUCAUCUGGGAACCGCCAGCUUCCAGAGUUGAUGAUCCUGGUCGUGCUGGGUUGAGAGUGUCCAGGUGUUGUCAGUGUGGAUGGAGAGCCAGAUGGCGGGUGUGCCAGGACCAUUCUCUCUUGCCUGGAGGUUGUGGUCCACAGCAUUGAGCUGGCUUUGUUAUUUGGGUGCUGAUGAGACUGUGGCUACAAGUUGUGGUAGGAGUGAACAUCCAUUUCAAGUUGCAACCGCAGUGUCUGACAGGGCCCUCACUUUUCGUGGAGGGUCUGGGAAGCAGCAGCCAGCACACAGACGAUGGGCUGCACCCUGGGAGAGUGGCUGGGCACUCCUGUAAUCCUGCUGGGACAAAAUGUUGUCUGGUGGUAUAGUUUAUGUAUUUUAAUUAUUGAUUUUUUGUCAUUUCCAAUAAAAACUCUUACCUUGGUUUUAAUAAAUUAAAAGGAAUAAUUACCAGUGCAUUCUAGAAUAUUUUUAAAUUGAUGGAAUAGGCAGAUGUAUUUGAAAUAUUCUUGUCUUAGAUGAUUUACAGUGUGGAGGAUUUUCCCUAUUGUCACAGAGUUUGAGUUUCUUUUUUAUUUUAUUUAUUUUUUUUUUUUUGACAGGCAGAGUGGACAGUGAGAGAGAGACAGAGAGAAAGGUCUUCCUUUUCCAUUGGUUCACCCUCCAAUGGCCGCCGUGGCCGGCGCGCUGCGGCCGGCGCACCGCGCUGAUCCGAUGGCAGGGGCCAGGAGCCAGGUGCUUUUCCUGGUCUCCCAUGGGGUGCAGGGCCCAAGCACCUGGGCCAUCCUCCACUGCACUCCCUGGCCACAGCAGAGGGCUGGCCUGGAAGAGGGGCAACCGGGACAGAAUCUGGCGCCCCGACCGGGACUAGAACCCAGUGUGCCGGCGCCGCUAGGCGGAGGAUUAGCCUAGUGAGCCGCGGCGCCGGCCGAGUUUGAGUUUCUUUAAAUUUUUUUAUGUGACUAAUGUGGAGAGAAAAUUUAAGAUUAUCAAGGGGUGUUUUUUGGUUAUUACUGAUGUCAUUUACUAUUUAUUUCUGUUGACAUGAAUUGUUACUAAGCAGACAUAUAUUAUUAACCAGUGAAAAAGGAUUGUUUUUGGCCUGUACUCAUAUUAUGAAAUCAGGACUGGACUUCAGUUAGGCAUUACAAAUGAAGAGAUUGGAGAGGAAAACUUGUCAUAAUUGUUAUAUUAUGCUAAAUGAAGGGAAAGGAAGAUAUGCAAAAAAAAUCCAAGGGAGUUUUCCUUUAGUUUUGAAAGAUCACCUAUUACUAGCUUUAGGCUUUUUAACAGCCUUUGGGUAUCAUUCGUCAGUGCUAAAAGCUUUCUUGGGGGCACACAUUUGGUGUGGGAGUUAAGUCAGUCCUUGGGAUGUCUGUGUCUUGUGUUACAGUGCCAGGAUUUGAAUUCUGGAUCCAUCACCAGUUCCAGCUUUUCUGGCAGUGUGUGUUCUGGGAGACAUCAGGUGAUGGCAAAAGUAUCUGGGUCCCUGUCACCUACAUGAGAGACUGAGUUCCUUGCUCCUAGCUUCAUCCUGACCAAGUCCUAGCUGUUUGCAGGCAUUUGAGGUGUGAGGGAGUAGAUAGGAGGGCUCUCUUUGUCUUUCAAAUCACUAAAGUUAACAUUUUUCAAAAAUGUGAUUUUUAUAUUGAAAAUUUUAUUUCAGAAGCAGAUACUGAUACAUACCCGCACACACACACACACACACACAAUGCAAGAAACAGAUAUAAAGAGGACUCCCAUCUGUUGAUUCACUUCCUAAUUCCCACAACUACUGGUCCUGAGACUGGCUGAGGUGAGGAGUUGGGAACUCAUUCCAUGUUUCCCACGCGGGUGAUGGGUGCCCAAAUACUUGAGCCAUAACCAUUUCUCUCCAGGUCCAUAAUACAGGAAGCUAGAGUCAGGAGCCAGAAACAGGUACUUGAUUUCUUGAGCUAUCACAACUGCCUUAUAAGUCCACAUUAAUAGGAAGCUAGAGUCAGGAGCUGGAUGUGGAUACUUAACCCAAGUACUUGUAGUGUGGAAUGAGGUAACUUUAAUUGGCAUGUUAACCUAGGUUUCAAAGUUUUUUCUAGUGACAUCAUGUGUAGUUUUUUUUAAAGAUUUUUAUUUAUUUAUUUGACAGGUAGAGUUACAGACAGUGAGAGAGACAGAGAGAAAGUGCUUCCUUCCGUUGGUUCACUCCCCAAAUGGCCGUCAUGGCCGGAGCUAUGCCAAUCCGAAGCCAGGAGCCAGGUGCUUCUUCUGGUCUCCCAUGCAGGUGCAGGGGUUCAAGCACUUGGGCCAUCCUCCACCGCCCUCCCAGGCCACAGCAGAGAGCUGGACUGGAAGAGGAGCAACCAGGACUAGAACCCGGUGCCCAUAUGGGAUGCUGGCGCCGCAGGUGGAGGAUUAACCUAGUGCACUGCUGCACGGGCCCCAUCAUAUGUAGUUUAUGUACCAUACUGUUUAUAGUUAAUAUGUUUCUGUAUCUGUUAUUUACUUAAUGUACCUCAUUUUCUUAGUUCUACAUUGAGUCUUUGCAAUUCUUUUUUGCAAAUAGGUAAGCAGUGAUGUAGGGAACAAAUUAAUGUGCAUCAUUUUUCUUUGUAUUUUCUUUAAUUUUAAUUAGUGUUUCACAGACUCAGUGUGCUUUGUAGACACAGUUGUAAGAACUUAAUGAUAGUCCCUUCCUCCCUCCACCUUAUUUUCUUGCACUGUGUUUCCUUCUCCCUUUUCUUUGUCUUUGGUUUAGUUUUUGAGAGAGCCAAUUUUCAAAUUAAAUUACAAUAAAAAGGCUUAAUACUUUAACAAAUAAGUUUAACAAGUAAAAUUAAAAUGAUACCAGUUUAGUGAGAAUAUUGACAAUGACUGUAAACUGUAGUUGAAUACUUAUGCAGUAAAUUUUAAAGUAAUUACAGAUCAUUAAAACUGUGGUACUUUAAGAUUGUUAACUAUUGGUUUCACAAAGUUUUACAAAGCUGUAUUUGCAGUAAUACUGAUACACACAACCCUUUCUUCUUUUUUUUUUUCCCUAAAUUCAUAUAAGGGGGAACAUGUGGUAUUUGUCUUUCUGGGUCCAGCUUAUUUCACUCAACAUGAUGACGUGAUGUGCUCCAGUUGUGUCCAUUUUGCUGUAAAUAGUAGAAUUUCAUUCAUUUUAUGGCUGGGUAAGAUUCCAUUGUUUAUGUAUACCACAUUUUUUUACCCAUUCAUCUAAUGAUGGACACCUUGGUGGGUUCCAGAUUUUGGCUGUUGUGAACAGUGCUGCUAAAAACAUGAUGCUGGUAUCUCUUGGAUAGCUUGUGUUCAAGUAUUUUGGUAUAUACACAGUACUGUGAUGUGGAAAAUCUAUUUCUGAUUUUAAAACACAUCUCAUCUCCACAUUGUUUUCCACAAUGGCUAAAAUAGUUAAGAUUUCUCCCAGCAGUGUUUAAGUGUUCUUUUUUCACCAUAUCCUUGUCAGCAUUUGUUACUGUGUGUUUUGGAUUUUAUCCAUUCUGUUAUGGGUGAGGAGAUACCUCAUUGUAGUUCUGAUUUCAUUUCCCUGAAGUCUAGAGGUGAGCAUUUUAUUUCAUAUAUUUGUUGUCCAUUUGCAUUUUCAAUCUCCUUUUCAAAAACUUCCUGUAAGCAUUGAUGUUGUUUUUGACUUUUUAAGUUGUUGAUAUAUUCAAGAUAUUAAUCCUUUGUCAGAUAGAUGCUUUGCAAAUUUUUUUUGCAUUCUUUUGGAUAUCUGACCACUUCUGUUAUUUCCUUUGCUUCUGAGUUUGAUACAGUCUCAUUUACUUAAUUUUGUUUUUGUUGCCUGAACUGUGGGGAUCCUGUCCAUGAAGGUGUUCCCUAUACUGAUGUCAUUGAGUGUUUCCCUUACAUUUUCUUUUAGCAACUUCAAAAUAUCAGGGCUUAAAUUAGGUCUUUGAUCUUUGUUCAGUUGAUUCUUGUCUGUGGUGAGAGAUAUGGAUCUAAUUUCAUUCUUCUAUGUACAUGCAUCCAGUUUCGACAGCACCAUUUUUGAGGAUAUUAUCAUUAACUCCGCUGUGUGGUCAGAGCACUUUUGUCAUAAGUCAGUUGACUAUUUGUAUGUGGAUUGAUUUGGGGACUCUUUCUUCUAUUCCACUGAGCUGUUAAUUGGUUUUUAUGCCAAUAACAAGUUGUUUUAAUUACUAUAUCUUUGUAGUAUGCUUUGAAAUUAGGGAUUGUGAUGCCUCCAGUUCAGGUUCUCCUGUUCAAGGUCAUUUCCGCUCUUUGUGGUCUUUUGUGAUUCCAUAUGAAUUUUAAGAUUGUCCUAACUCUGUAAAGAAUGCCAUUGGUAUUUUGAUAGGGAUUCCAUUGAGUCUGUAAAUUACUCAGGCAGUAUAUACAUUUUAAUUGUACUGACUUUUCCAAUGCAUGAGUAAGGAAUAUCUUUCCUGUUUUGUAUCCCCAUGGUUUCUUUCAUCAAUGUUUGAUAGUUUUGGUUGUAGGAAUCUUUCACUGCUUUGGUUAAAUUUAUUCCUAAAUAUUUGAUUUUUUGGUUUCUAUUAUAAAUGGGAUUUCUUUCUUGAAUUCUCUUUCUGAGAGUUCACUAGGGGCCUCCACUGCUAGCAGCUCCUGUAUCCCAUUAUGGGUGCUGGUUCAUGUCCUGGCUGCCCUACUUCUGAUCCAGCUCUAUGCUAAGGCACUUUGGAAAGCAAUGGAAGAUGGCCCAACUCCUUGGUCCCUUGCACCCAUGUGGGAGGCCCAAAUAAAACUCCUGGCUCCUGGUUUUGGCCUUGCCAAGUCCCAGGCCCAGCACCAGCCCCAGCACCAGCCGCAGCCAUCUUGAGAGUGAACCAGCUUGUGGAAGAUGAAUCUCUAUCUCUGUCUCCUCUCUUCCUCUUUCCUUUCUCUGAGUAGAUCUGGCUUUCAAAUAAAUUUAAAAAACUCUUUCAAAAAAGCUACUGUUUUUGUAUGUUUAUUUUGUACAUGCAGGUUUACUGCAUUGGGUUAUUUCAAAGUUCUAGUUCUUGCAGUGAUAAAUUUUUAUUUCCUCCACUUGGUUUAUUCUGAUGUUAAAGCUAUUGAUUAUAUUUUUUAUUUCACUGAUUGAGGAUAUAAUGUCCAAAAUUUCGGAUUGGUUCUUCUCAGUGAAAUCUAACUUCUUAACUUGUUGAAUUCCUCAUUUCUUCAGGCUGUCUGUAUUCUCUUGCAUCCCAUUGAGCUUCCUUGUACUUACUACUUUUAAUCCUAUGUCUGUCAUAGAUUUCCUUCAGUCAUGAUCUAAAUCUGGAGGAUUAUUGUGGUUUUUUUUGGAGUUGUUAUGCUACUUUGCAUGUCUCCUAUGUCCUUAUGUUUACGUCUGCCCAUCUUGUGUAUUUGUCGCUUCAUCUUUAUGGAAUAGUUUCCAUUGUAAAGGAAUGGUUUAUCCAGAAUAUACAGGGUAUCACUUGGCUUGUUGCUCUGGUUUGGAUCAAGAUGAGGCCAGGUAUGUAUAGUCUCUGAGUAAUUUCUUUUUGUCUUAAUAUCAGCAAUGUCUGUAAGUAACACAGUGAAUUAGUCCUCUGCAGUUUGUAGGAAUAGAAGUGUGGCUUUGAGAUGAAUAAGGGUUUCCUUGGGUGUGUACCUUUAGUCCACUUGGAGUUCAGUGUCAGUUUUUCUGCCAAAUAUGAUAGCCAGGGCCUUAUUCUUGGUGCUGAGAGAGAGAGGUGUGGCCACCUCCUUGUCCUGCUGGCAAGCCAGAGUGAUGCCUGGGCUUGGGCACUGAUUGCUGUGCCUCUAAGAUGGUGUGAUGCAGAUGGACCCUUCCUCUGAUCCUGCUAGAAGAGUCCAACUCUUGCUGUGGCUUAUGAUACCAACAGUUGUAGUCCUAGGAUAGGAAAUGUGAACUGGAUGUGCUCUAGUCCUACAGGGUAAUUAGAAGGUUUACAGGAGAUUUUCCUCUGGAGGGUAUGAAUCCAGAGAUUUGGAACACAGGUAGCUUCUUCCCUAUGUCCACUGAAUAGAUCACAGUGGCAUAGAGAAAAUUAGAAUGAAUUGUUACAGUCCUCAUAUUUCAGGGUAUAUUGGAGUCAUUACCCAGAUCAUCCAGGGAGUGAAUUUUCCUGUGGGCUGCUUCAGGUGUUAAUGCCCAGAAGCUAAGGUGACUCUCCCUUGCAUACAUGGAGUGUUUGAGCAUAGUUCUGGGCCUAAUGCCCAAAAGCUCCCUUGGUUGCAAGAUACAGUGGAAUGUGUCCUUUGCCCCACACAUUGCCCUGACUCUGACUAUGAUGCUGGGUAGAAGAUCAGAGGCAUGCUGCUUGAUUUUUCACUGUGGAAUUUGGCACUCCGUGGGAUUGGGGUAGGAAAAGGAAGUGAGGCGGUUCCCCUGUUGUAUGCCCGACUGUUGCUCAGAUCCCAGUCAGCUCUCCAGGCUGAAGUAAAAGUGAGUGGGUCUUCCCUGCCUCUUGCUCUAACCCUGCCUU